GUGCAAGCCAAGCAAAUGCGUUAAAAAGGUAAUUUUUAAUCCUCAGGUAUUCUCUGCUGAUUAGUGAGGUGUUGUUUUGAACACAACCCCUAAUUACAAGAUGCAGGUAAUCAAAAAGGAUAAAGUGAAUUUCCUUACCUCCCAGAAAGGAGCCGAAAAAAUAUAAAUUUCAUUGAACUCAACUGGACGGCAUCAAACACAGUUUCAAACUGUGCAAGUUCAGUUUCAAACUAUUUUAGAUACUACUUGAGGGCCGAGGGCAGACGAUCGUGCAACUAUAAGUGCAAUAUUGGCAACCUCCAGCAGAUUAUUAUUGUUUUUCUCGGUUAAGGUUUAGAGGCAAACAAUCAUAUUUAAAACGUUUAAAAGGAGAAUUUUUUCGUGGACGCAAGCAAACGCAUUUUCAACAAAACCAAAACCGACCGGCAGUUCGAUCAGUUCAGAGCGGUACUGUCGUAUGCUAGGAACUCGAUAAACAGCUACCAUCUCAGUACUAUGUUUCGGCAGCUCAACGAAAUUCAUAAUCUCGAUUUCGCCAUACAAAAUUGCAAGGAAUUGGCAAAAUGCCUGGAAGGAUCCAUCAACUACGUGCGACGGUUAAACCUUAAGUACAACACGUGCUCCUGGAUGGCCGAGGACUAUCAGGACUAUUUGAACGAAAUAAUGCAGGACACGAAGCUGGAGAAGGUGCAGAAGCGGCAUACCUUUCACGGGUCGUCCAACUGGUCGCGUCUGAGCAUGGGGGAGCCCGCGGUGGUAGUCACCCCAAGGCGGAAUCACUCUCUGAUUGGGGUUGCGACUAUCAAGCCGGGUUCCUGCUCCUCGUCGCCCUCCGUGCGUUUGCAUCGCAAUGUCCGCGAUAUCAUCCGUUCGAAUAGCGAUAUGAAUCUCAAAUUGAUUAAAAUCAAACGAAACGUCGAGUCCUUGCUGCACAACGUGGAGCAUACAAUUAAGGUCAGCAACAAGAAGAACGCGUACCUGGUCAAACAGCGAUGCCGUCUUAGGUUGGACAAGAAUCUGGAGCGGAGACGAUGUUGGUGCUGCCAUUAAAAAU